UCUAGGGGGCCAUAAUGGAUGGACGACUAGCAUUGUUUAUGCUCAUGUUUGAUGGUAAAUUAAGUGUGGAUGAGAAAUUUGUGCCGACAUAUACUCGGGGUAAAAACCGGCCUUUGCAAGUGUCUAUAAAUACAAAAUUAGAGCAGCUUAAGCUUAGAGUGCUUAAAGCAUUGAAGGUUGAUGCAUCCAGGUAUACAAUCAACAUAGUUUGUCGUUUUCCAGUUGGGAAUGAUUUCAUUGCAACACAUGUUGAUGAUGAUGAAGUAUGUGAUAUUGUUAUAUCUCAUGCUAUUGGAGUAUGUCUUAUUCUAUAUGUUGAAGUAGAAGAGAUAAGUUUUGGAAACAGUACGGAUGAAAAUCUGACAUCCCAAUUUCGAGAAUCAUUUAGUUUCGAUCAUGAGGUGGAGAUGCCUGGUGGUGGUCCCAUGCACUCGGUAGAGGAAUACUUCAAUGUUCGAGAUGGCCAAAAUCAACGUGAACCAAAUGUUCCAAGUUCGCCGCAACCAUCUUGUGCAAAUAUGUCGGGAGGUACUUGGUGUAGAGUUACCAUGCCGGUUGUCGAUGAAGGUUAUGAGGCAAUGGAUAGUGGAUCAGGCAAGCAGGAUUGUGAUAGUGCUGAUGAAUUAACGCCAAAUCGUAAUGAGGCUUCUCUUUCUAAAUCGUCACUGAACCCCAAGGUUGGGAAAUCAUCAUUUCUCAGUCCCAUUCAAAGUAGAUCUCCACAAUCAGUUGAAAGUCAACGAAUGCAAACUUCUCCUAAAAGAGCUAUUGGCGCCAGUCCUGAAAAACGUCCUGGAAGUGAAUCUGAGGAAGUCCCUUUUGACAUCUGUAUACCUGCAAAUAAUAUUGCGGUGCAAUAUUUAAGACCAGGAAUGAUUUUGCUGAAGAAAUUUUUAGGCUGCAUGGAUCAGGUAAAAAUUGUGAGCAAAUGCCGUGAGCUCGGUGUCAUUUCUGGUGGUUUUUAUUGGCCAGGAUACGUGAACGGGGCAAAGGCAAAUCUGCAAAUGAUGUGCCUUGGCAAGGAUUGGAAUCCUGAAUCACGAUUAUAUGAUAAAUCUCGUUCUUUUCAUGGUGCUGUGCCGCCUAAAAUCCCAGAAGAACUCAGAAAACUGGUGGAUCGAGCACUAAAUGCUUAUCAUGGAUUUUUAAGGGCAUUUACAAACAAAGUGGAAGAAAUUCCAAAUAUGUCACCAGAUAUAUGUAUAGUCAAUUUCUACAGCUAUAGCGGAAGACUUGGUCUACAUCAGGACAGAGAUGAGAGUGAGGAGAGCCUUAGAAAAAGGCUACCUAUUGUUUCUUUCUCUAUUGGUGAUUCUGCAGAGUUCCUCUACUCUGAUGUAAGGGAUGUGGAUAAAGCAGAGAGAGUAACGCUUGAAUCUGGUGAUGUGCUAAUAUUCGGUGGCGAUGCAAGGCAUAUUUUCAAUGGAGUUCGAUGCAUUAAACCCAAUACAGCACCCAAGAUCCUCAUUGACAAAACAACAAAACUACGCCCGGGUUACCUAAAUCUUACUUUUAGGCAGUACUAACAGGAAAAAAACCUCUCUUUUUGAUUAAAAUGCAUCUUAAAAUCGUUAAAUUUGGUUUGGGAUGAAUCCAACACAGAUCUUUUAUGUAACAACAAUCUCAAAACAAAUCUAAUGAUUUCAAAAUCCCUGCAUCUCUUCUAGCCUUGUUCCAUUGAAGUUAGUUUGUCCUGCCUUCUCUCACUUGAUUUUUAUUUUUAAGUUUUUCUUUGAUUAUUCAGGAUGAUAUGUUAUAUAGUUUGGACACUUCUAUUUGGCUUUUGAUUUAUUAAUAGAAGAUUUGUUUUAUC